AAAGCCUUUUAAGAUUAAAGAAUAAACAUUUCCAUGGAAUUUUAUAUAUUUUACGGUUGUUAUGCAUUUAUUCGUUGUUAAGCGUCUUUUCUGGUUGAUAUACGGAGUAAACCUGAUUUGUGCCCUGGGGCAGUGCUUGUUUAUUACACCUUUCCGAUUGUUGAGAUUGAGACAGGUGAUUUUUUUAUUUACCAUGGCAACGUUGAGUUAGGUUUGAAAUUAUUAAACUUGGCAACGAAAUAUUUUAAAAUUUCCAUAGCAACGUAAAAAUUAAUAAAUUUCCAUAGCAACAAAAAUAACCCUUCCCAUAGCAACAAUGGCCUUCCUCUGCCCCGUUCGAAUCAGGAGUCAAAAGAGCAAAAAGAAAGCCCACCCCCUCGACCCCAUAACCCUAGACCCCUCACCCCCCACCCCCCUGACCCCCCAGGAACCCAUCGGCCGAAUCACAGGCUCUUCCUCCAUAGAAACCUUAGUCCGCGUGGGUCUGACCACACCCCCUCCGACGACCACACCCCCACAAACCACCCACGUCGUCCUGCACGAUUUCACCCCCUGCGUCGAUGAUGAAUUGGAGGUUAAACGGGGGGAUUUGGUUUUGCUGCUUUAUCGGGAACAUGACUGGGCCUAUGUCGUCAUGGAAACGGGGAAUAAAGAGGGGUUUAUCCCCUUUGGGUAUUUGGGGGAGGGGGGGGGAGGGUGGGGGGAGGGGGAUGAUAAGGGGGAGGAGUUUUGCAAGUCCCCCCACCCGCACCCCUACAUCACGCUCUACACGUUCCACGCCUGUAACGAGAACGACCUGACCGUCCUCCGCGGCCAACUCCUCACCGUCUUAAAUAAGGACGACCCUGACUGGUUCUGGGUCUGCCGUUCCCAUGACAACCAAGAGGGCUUCGUACCCUCCGCAUUCGUCUUCCCCUUCAACUACCUCAAAGAAGAACAGAGCAAAAAGGAAGUUACGAAACUUUGCGAGGUUAACAACAGGCGGGAGGUGGACAGGAAUUUGGGAACGGAGCUGGUCCUCCUGUACGAUUACAAAGCCCAGGCGCCGGACGAUCUGAGCGUGAAGAGGGGCGACUGGGUUUACGCGGAUUUAGAGGGGCAGACCGUGGAGGGGUGGCUGUGGGCGUGGUCACCGAAAAGCCGGAAGUACGGGUUUCUGCCCAGGGCCUAUGCCAGGGUUCCCGUCAUGACGAGUUUGUAAUUUAUUUUUUAGGAAACGCGCGUUGCCAUGGAGAUUUUAUUUAAUAUUUGUAAUUUAAUAAACUCAUAAUUAAUAAAAAAAAUAUUUAAACUCA